UUCAGGUGCGCAAAGGGCGACACGAACACGGUCACAGCAAUCUGUACCAGGCGACGGCGAGGGUGACGGCGAGAUAGGGAGGAAGGAGAAGAAGGAAAAGCUAGCUAGCGCAGGCGUUCCCCCACCCCACUGAUUCCUCCAGAUCCGGUUGGCGGCAUGGCGAUGCGUUCUCUAGUCGGGAAGCUGAGGUUCCCCGCCUAUUUCCAGCGGGUGGCGGGCUCCGGCCGCGUCGCCUCCCAGGAUAAGAUGAGCAGCAGAGCAUUCUCGAAAACUCCUGCUGAUUGGGCUGAAGGUUACGAUGAGAGGCUCCGGUCUUUCUUCGAGAAGCUAGAGAAAGAACAACGGCGUCAACGGAGGUCGAUGUGGAAGGCCGUUCUUCGUGCUGAAGCUGCCGCGCUAGCAAUUGCUUUUGGAGGGCUUUGCUAUAUAGCUGACAAUAACAGGGUUGAAUUACCGGAAGCAGGCACCAAUCAUCCGGAUUAAUUACUGCUACUAAUAGCUUAUUACUAUUCAAGAACACUUUGGUAAUGGCCUGUGUACUGCAAGAGCACUCUGCUGCGUGUCGGCGACCCGUUUUAACGUGUUUUCUGUGUUAUAUUCGACACCUGUUAAACUCUGUUUCUGAGGGAAGCGAACAUACCGCGGUUGAUAAAUUAUAUUUGUAACGGCUACC